AUGGCCGGCAAAGACUCAAAAGAAGACAAGGAUGCGCUUGAUGCUCUCGAGGCUGAGGCCAAGGAGUUUGACAAGGAUGCAGAGAUAGACCGAAUUUUGAAGGCGUUUCGACUCGACGCCUACGCUGUAUUAGAUCUCCAGCCUGGUGUCCCCGACUCAGAUAUCAAAAUCUGUUACCGCAAGAAGUCGCUACUCAUCCAUCCCGACAAGACAAAGAACCCAUUAGCGCCCGACGCCUUCGACCGACUCAAGAAGGCACAGACAGAGCUCAUGGAUGAGAAGCAUCGCGCACGGCUAGACGAGGCCAUCGCGGACGCGCGCAUGCUCCUCAUUCGCGAGAACAAGUGGACUGUGGACAGCGAGGAGCUCAAGACGGACGAGUUCCGUCGCAUGUGGCGCGACAAGUCUCGCGAGGUACUGAUCGAUAACGAGCACCGGCGUCGCCGUCAGAUGAAGGCCCAGCUGCAGGAGGAGGGCCGCGAACAGCGCCGCGCCGACGCCGAGGUGGAGGACCGCAAGCGGAAGCGCCAGCACGAGCAGGACUGGGAGGCCACCCGGGAUGAGCGGAUCAGCAGCUGGCGACAAUUUCAGAAGGGGCAAUCUGGGGGCGAAAAGAAGAAGAAGAAGAAGCUCAAGCCUAUCGGCUGA